AUGAGAGGUUUAACAGAAGGUGGCAAUCAAAAAAUCCUAGAAACUUCUUUUAAUUGCGAAAUGCACCACACAGCGGAGACGAUUGGCGAAACUUUAAUCAAGCCGGCUGCCAAAAUAAUGGCAGAAGUAAUGAUAGGUGAUAAAGCAAAACAAACUCUUGAUCGUAUACCCUUGUCAAAUAAUACAGUUCAUCGACGAAUAAUUGAUAUGGCCAAUAAUGUGAAACAGAUGUUAUUCUCUGAUAUUUCUCAAAGUCGUUAUUAUGCAUUACAAGUCGAUGAGUCGACUGAUAUCACAAAUUUUGCAAAUCUUAUGGCGUUUGUUAGAUACGAAAAGAACCAAGAAAUUCAUGACGACUUUUUAUUUUGCCAGCCUUUAUUAGGUCAUACAACAGGAGAAGAUAUCUUUAACGUUAUGAAUAAAUUUAUGCAAGAUAACAAAAUUAGUUGGACUAAAUGUGUUGGAAUAAGUACAGAUGGUGCAAAAAGUAUGGUCGGCAUUAAUAAAGGAUUCAUUGCAAAAAUUCGGAAGGUUGCACCAAAUGUCAAGUCCACACAUUGUUGCAUUCACAGAGAGGCUUUGGCAACAC